UUAUCAGGAAGAAAUCACCCGUGUGCCUGAAAGCUGGAGGAAACCGCUGCCAGUAACCAGUAAAACCCCCGCUUUUUUUCAGGAGCGCCAUGCCUGAUCCCAUGGCAAGCCCGUUAAUCCGCGAGAGAGGCAACGGGGGGAACUUUGGCCACCCGGAUGUCCCCGUGUCAGAUCCCUGGGAUCCAGUGAUCGGCAUCCUGGGAACGGGCGACUUCUCCCGCUCGCUGGCCCGCAGGCUGGUGGCCUCCGGCUACCAGGUGGUGGUGGGGAGUCGCACGCCCAAGAGAUCUGUGGCUCUGUUCCCCGAGGACGCUGAGGUAACGUCCCAGGCGGAAGCCGCCGGUCAGGCGGACGUGAUCUUCGUGGCCGUGUUCCCCGAGCACCACUCCACGCUGGUGCCGCUGAAGCCGGCGCUGGCCGGGAAGAUGCUGGUGGACGUGAGCAACGGUUUGUGCGUCAACCGGGACGGGCCGUCCAACGCCGCCGUGCUGGCCGACCUCUUCCCGGAGAGCAUCGUGGUCAAAGGUUUCAACACCAUAUCGGCCUGGACGCUGCAGACGGGACCUGGAGACGGGAGCAGGCGGGUGUUUCUCUGCAGCGACAGUCAGAAGGCCAAAAGCCUAGUGAAGCAGAUCUGCUGCCGGAUGGGCUUCAUCCCCGUGGACAUGGGUCUCCUCUCCUCCUCCCUGGAGAUCGAGAACCUCCCCCUCUACCUCUUCCCCUCCUGGCACAUCCCCGUCCUCUGCACGCUCUGCCUCUUCGUCUUCUUCUACCUGUACAACUUCUUCCGGGACAUCCUGCAGCCGUACGUCACCCACGGGAAGAGCUACUUCUACAAGAUGCCCAUCGAGACGGUGAACGUGACGCUGCCCUGCGUCUCUCUGGUGAUGCUGGCGCUGGUUUACCUGCCCGGCCUGCUGGCCGCCUUCCUGCAGCUGCGCUGGGGCACCAAGUACAGCCGCUUCCCCGGCUGGCUGGACCGCUGGCUCGCCGCCAGGAAGCAGUUCGGGCUCUGCAGCUUCCUGUGCGCGGCGCUGCACGCCGUCUACAGCCUGUGCCUCCCCAUGAGGAAGUCGGCGCGCUACAAGAUCGUCAACAUGGCGUACAAACAGGUGAAGGCCGGGGUGGCGGAGACGUGGGACGAUGAGGAGGUGUGGAGGAUGGAGCUGUACGUCUCCGCGGGCAUCAUGGCUCUGGGCCUUCUGGCCCUGCUGGCCGUCACCUCGCUGCCCUCGGUGGCCAACACCGUCAACUGGAGGGAGUUCACCUUCGUACAGUCGUCGCUCGGCUACUGCGCCUUGUUCAUGGCCACCGUCCACACGCUGAUUUUCGGGUGGGACCGCGCCUUCAACCCGUCCAACUACACCCUGUACCUGCCCCCCACGUUCAUGCUGGUGCUGGUGCUCCCCAUCCUGGUCCUGCUGGGCCGCCUGGCCCUGCUGGCGCCCUGCGUGUCCGGCCGCCUCUGGCUGAUCCGCCGUGGCUGGGAGCGCAGCCGCCACAUCCGCUUCACGCUGCCGGGCGCCGCCAACGGAGCGGAGGACAUCAGCAAUGUGUGAGGAACGCCGGUUUUAGCGGUGCAGGUGAACCCCCGGGGCGAAAGGUGAAAAUGUGGAAUAUUUAUCCGCUACCGGACCGCGGCGAGGACUCUGGCCUGCUGAGGCGUUCAGAGCUGAACUUACCCAAAGCUGUACAGUAUUAA